UCGCUCUUUCCUCUCAUGUCUAAACAUUUAUAGUGCAAUACAUUUUUAACAAGUUAUGGACAUCUAUUCCUAUCAUCACUUCAUAUUCAUGCGCCUGCUUUUCCCUUUGAUCCCUUGCCUCCUUCUCUUCUUACUCCCUCUCUCUUUGUCUUAUAAUCUGCUUCCACUUUGCCAUCAACAAGAGAGAGUAGCUCUGAUGCAAUUCAAGGAUAGUUUUAUCAUACAAAACAAUUCUUAUUGCGAAUACAGUACUACGGAGGUUGCAUCAUGGAAAAUAGAUGGAAACAAUACCAAUUGUUGUGCUUGGGAUGGGGUUGAAUGCAACCAAGACACGGGUCAUGUCAUCGCCCUCAACCUUUGGUUCAGUUGUCUCUAUGGUUCUAUCACCUCCAACAGUAGUCUCUUCCUCCUUCUUUAUCUUCAAAACCUUACUCUUGCUAAUAAUGACUUCAAUCACUCCCAAAUCCCAUCUAAGAUUGGUAAUCUUUCGAGCCUAACAUAUCUGGACCUCUCCGACUCCCAGUUUUCAGGACAAAUCCCCUCUGAAAUUCAAUACCUAUCCAAGUUGUCUUAUCUUCGGCUGCAUUCUUCUUUUGAUGAUUUAUAUACCGAAAGUCUGACAAGUUUAGUGCAAAAUUUAACCAACCUUAAAUCGCUUUUUUUUUAUGGUAUCAACAUAUCCUCCACUGUACCUGAAAGCCUGGCAAAUUUAUCUUCUUUACAGAUUCUAUCUCUGAUUGACUGCGGACUGUAUGGGCAAUUCCCAAGCAGAAUAUUUCACUUACCACACCUACAGGGCCUAUAUCUUUUAGCCAACGAAGAUCUCACAGGUCAUUUGCCCGAAUUUCACACAAACUCUCCUCUCAAGUAUUUAAUACUUGAUGACACAAAUUUCUCUGGUAAUCUACCUGCUUCAAUUGGAAACCUUAAUUCCUUAACUUACUUCUACAUUCAGAAUUGUAAUUUUUCAGGAACCAUCCCAAAUUCAUUUAGUAACCUCACCCAACUCACUUCCCUAGGCCUUCGGAAUAACAUGAUACAUGGAUCGCUCCCAAUUCCACCACCAUCCCUAGGGAUUUAUUUAGUCAGCAAUAAUUCAUUCACCGGAAGGAUUUCACCAUUUAUUUGUAAUAUGAGUUCACCUGAAGUGCUUGAUUUGUCCCAUAACUAUUUGAGUGGCUUGAUUCAUCCAUGUAUGGGCAACUUGAGUCAAUCUUUGACAACGCUAGUACUACGAAGCAACAACUUAGGCAACACCAUUCCAAAAACAUGGCCAAAAGGAUGCAGCUUAAAGAUGAUUGACUUAAGUCAAAACCAGUUACAGGGUCAUUUGCCAAGAUCUUUGGCCAACUGUACUGAGCUAGAGUAUCUUCGUGUUAGCAGCAAUCAAUUCAGUGAUACCUCUCCCUUUUGGUUGGGAACUCUUCAACACUUGAAAAUUCUUGAUCUCCAUUCUAAUGGCUUCUACGGUGCAAUAAGGAGUCCGGAAACAAAUUACACAUUCCCCAAUUUGUGUAUCAUUGACCUCUCUCACAACCAUUUUUCUGGAAAUCUGCCUGCGGGAUACUUUGCACAAUGGGAUGCCAUGAAAUCCAUUGGUGCAAAGGGUUUACAUUACAUGCAGGGUUACUGGGACUACUAUUCAAUUAUAAUAACAAUAAAAGGUGUGGAGUUGGAGUAUAAGAAGAUCCAAGAUGACCUCAGAGUCAUAGAUUUCUCAUGCAAUAGAUUUGAAGGAGAUAUUCCUGAAAUACUGGGGAAUCUAGAAGGACUUCAUGCCCUAAACCUUUCCAAUAAUGAUUUCACUAGUCAUAUCCCAUCAUCCUUUGCGAACUUGACACAGCUAGAAUCAUUAGACCUUUCUCGAAACAAGUUGUUCAGAAAGAUACCUCCUGAAUUAGUCCAACUCCAUUUCCUUUCAAAAUUUAGUGUGUCACAUAAUUGCCUCACUGGACCUAUACCACAGCGGCAACAGUUUGGAACAUUUCCAAAUACUUCAUUCGAAGAUAAUCGAGGACUGUGUGGAUGGCCACUGUCCAAACUCUGUGGAGAUUCAGACAUUUCAACACCUCCACCUUCAACCUUUGAAGAGAAUCAGGGUCCAAAAUUGUUCUUUGAAUUUGGUUGGAAAGUAGUUGUGAUGGGAUAUGGAUGUGGAUUCGUAUUUGGAGUUGUUAUCGGGCACAUUGUGACAACCAGAAAGCAAGAUUGGCUCAUCAGGAUUUUUGGCAAGAAGCAACACCAAACUCGAAUAAGCCGGGUGAAUCGUCGGGUGAAUCGUAGGAAGUAGUAAAUGAAACAUAGUCACGUAAUAUGUUUUCAAAUGUAUCAUUUAUGCUUUCUAGCAUUAUUGUAUCUUAUUGAAUGGAAUUGGCGGUCAAUCUACACAAAGCUCAACAUUGUUACA